AUGGCAGAACUGCAGCCAAAGAUUGAAAUUGGCGCGGCGCCAGAUCUAGACGCCGCCGAAGCCGAGCGGAGGCGCAAACAGCGCGACCUCAAGCGGAAGUCCCGCGAGCGCAAAAAGCGGAAUAUCAAGGAACUUCAGAAAACUGCCCAGGUACUUGAACUCGAAUACAAACAACUCUUCGCUGCUAAAUUGAUAAGGGAACAGCAAGACAAGGAGCAGCAAGGCAAGCAGAAGAAGAGAGAGGACGUGGCGGUUAACGUAGAAUGCGAAGCAGUGGAAAUUGAGCAGUCUCGACUCGUUGAGCUGCAGGAGAAAUAUUCGACCGUUCGACAGGAGAUGCAUGAGCUGCGAGAACAGAUGACGGGAUUUAAGCAUAAGCUGGAAGAGUACGAGCGAUUCAUAGCGAUGCUGGAUGGCCAUCUGAUGGGCCUCCAGGAUACACAGACACGGCAAGAGGAACAACGAGUUGAGGCGCUGAGUGGUACGAUUAGAGCGAAAGCGAUGGAUGUCGACAAGCAAAAUAUAAAAGACAGGCAGGCUAGUAAUUGA